AUGGCAUCGAGCCAUUAUGUAAUAAGAAGCCACAGAUUAUCAACAGAAGAAGAUUCAGAAUUGGAAAGACAAUUAAAGCUUCUAAAAAAGCCGGCCGUGACAACUAUUCAGACGAAGUAUGGCGAUUUGUACGAUUGUGUGGAUUUCUAUCAACAACCAGCCUUUGAUCAUCCUUUGUUAAAGGAUCAUAAGUAUGAAUUUAAGAAUCACGAAUUAAAUAGAAGGACAAAUACGGAUACAUAUGAUACCGAUACAUUUGACAUAUGGUCAAAUGGGAAAGGAUGUCCAUCUAAUACGGUUCCAAUAAGAAGAAUCACAAAACAAGACCUCAUCAAAGCAAAUAGGGCCGCUGAAUUGAGAUACAACAUUUCGCUCGAUUUAAAUCCAGGUGUUGAAGUCGCCAUGCUCAGAACAACUCAGCAAAACAAGUAUUAUGGAGGUGGAAUGGAUGUAGCUGUGUACCAUCCUGCAGUUCAAAGUACACAAUAUAGUUCUAGUCACGUGAAAGUCGAAAAUGGUCCCGACAGUAUUUCUGUUGGAUGGACGGUCAAUCCAAGUCUAUAUCCGGAUAACGAAACUCGAAUGUUCAUAUACACAACGACAAAGGACUCGUAUUGUUACAACACCUACUGCCCUGGUUUCAUAAUCAGCACCACUGAAGUGCCUAUAGAUUUGCUUCUCAAACCCUAUACUCAGAUCGGAGGGCCAUUGUAUGAGAAGAAAUUCUUUGUACGCAAGGAUGCUGCAAAUGGAGACUGGUUCUUGGUGAUCGGGAGAACGAACAUAACUGUGGGAUCCUGGCCGCAGAAGAUAUUCACAGCGCUGGCGGAUUCUGCAAACUACGUAGAAUGGGGAGGAGAAGUUUACAGUCCUCCAGGCACCGAUCCUCCGCCAAUGGGUGCUGGACAGAAGCUGCAGCAGAAGCUGUAUAGUGAUUGUUAUGGCAGGCAAGUGAAUCUCAUCGACGAAAACCAUGAGAUCGAUCACGAUCCACCCUCGUGCGAAACUUAUCAGAGCAGCAAAAGAUACCAGGUGAUAGAUGAGGGAUUUGAUGCUGGGCCUGGAAUUGGACGCCUUAUUUUCUUUGGCGGUCCUUAG